AUGAAGACCUCAGCCAUCCUCACAGCAGCACUGCUCGCCGUCUCGCCGGUAGCCGCACACUACAGGUUCAACCAGAUCAACAGCAGUGGCAUAUUCAAAUACAUCCGGGAGAACACCAGCAACAACUCGCCUGUAACUGAUCUCGCUUCGAACGACCUGCGAUGCAACACCGGCGCGAAAGGCGAUGGAACUGAGACGACCGCGGUCAAGGCAGGAAGUUCAUUCACCUUCUCCCUCGACCAAGCCGUAUACCACCAAGGUCCCGUCGCCGUCUACAUGUCAAAGGCCCCAGCCGCCGCCUCAGCAUACGUCGGCGAUGGCGACUGGUUCAAGAUCGCGGAGGAGGGCCCGACCUUCAGCGGCGGCUCCUCGACGUGGCCCAUGAGGGCGAGCUACACGUAUAGCAUCCCGACCUGCAUCGCCAACGGCGACUACCUGCUCCGCAUCGAGCAGCUCGGCAUCCACAACCCGGGCUCUCCUCCCCAGUUCUACCUGAGCUGUGCUCAGGUCACCGUCUCGGGCGGCAGCGGCGGCUCUCCCUCGCCGACGACCAAGAUCCCCGGCCACGUCAAGGCUACCGACCCGGGCUACACUGCCAACAUCUACAACAACUUCAACAACUACACCAUCCCUGGCCCCAAGAAGAUUACCUGUUAA